CUGUCGUCAUGACAACCUCUAUGCGGACAAGCGUAGCGCAGCUAUAUCUUCAAAACAGCCCUCAGAUUCGCGUUUUUCCACUUCUCAAACCGCUAUUUUGUAUUCGAGCUAAUUGUUUAGCAGUAUGGAUCAGUACAGCAUCCUCGGCAGGAUUGGGGAAGGAGCUCAUGGGAUUGUGUUCAAAGCCAGACACAUCGAAACAGGAGAGACAGUGGCUUUGAAAAAAGUGGCCUUGCGGAGGCUUGAAGAUGGGAUUCCUAACCAGGCACUACGAGAAAUUAAAGCGCUGCAAGAGAUCGAAGACAACCAAUAUGUGGUGAAACUAAAGGAUGUCUUCCCCCACGGCACUGGCUUUGUUCUGGUGUUCGAGUACAUGUUGUCAGAUCUGUCAGAAGUCAUCCGAAACUCUCAGCGUCCUCUCACUGCAUCUCAGGUCAAAGGUUACAUGAUGAUGUUGCUCAAAGGAGUGGCGUUCUGCCAUGAGAACUCCAUCAUGCACAGGGAUCUGAAGCCUGCAAACCUUCUUAUCAGCUCGACGGGUCACCUCAAGAUCGCCGAUUUCGGCCUGGCGAGGCUUUUUUCCAAUGAAGGAGAUCGUCUGUAUAGUCACCAAGUGGCAACUAGAUGGUACAGAGCACCAGAACUUCUGUAUGGCGCACGAAAGUAUGAUGAAGGUGUUGAUCUCUGGGCGGUGGGCUGCAUUUUUGGGGAGCUGUUGAAUAAUUCUCCUCUUUUCCCUGGAGAGAAUGACAUCGAGCAACUAUGCUGUGUGUUACGAGUACUGGGAACUCCAAACCCGAAAGUUUGGCCAGAAAUAACAGAACUGCCGGACUACAAUAAGAUCACGUUUAAAGAAAACCCACCCAUUCCUUUGGAGGAGGUUGUGCCCGAUACUUCGCCUCAGGCUUUGGACCUGCUAAAGAAGUUCCUCGUCUACCCAUCCAAACAGCGGAUCAGCGCCAGACAGGCUUUGCUCCAUCCAUAUUUCUUCACAGACCCCCUCCCGGCUCAUCACUCGGAGCUCCCCAUCCCUCAGCGUGGAGGAAAACACUCCAGACAACGCAUACAACCCCCAUAUGAAUUCACUGUGGAUCGACCCUUACAUGAGAGCUUGGUGGACCCUGGAGCGAUUAAACGCCAUGUGUGGGGGUGUUUGUAAGAAAGCUGAAAUGAUGUUUUAUAGCUGUGUAUGCAUUUAACUGUAAUAGCCCAAA